CCCGUGGGAGUGGUUACACAAUAUUUGAACACUGAACCUUUGCUCUUGGCAUACUUUCGGUUGUCUUUUUUCAUUUCUGAUGUUAACGGUGUGACAUGUAAACAGCUUUGUCCUAAAGUACUAGGCACUAGAAGCAGGCAGUUCAAGUGGAAGUGUGAACUUUAUUUUGACAGUAUUGGUAUGGGUGUGUUCAAGUACUCCGUAUUGGACUUCCUCUUAAUUUGUGCGGGUCUGCUGUUCUUACUGCUCGACAUAGCGCUGGAUAUAUAUGCUGUUGUGUCUUUCUACCAGGAAAAGGAUUAUGUGAGCCUCGGUAUCCUGCUGCUACUUCUCGUGGGCUCGUCCUUUCUUGUUCAGGCCUACAGCUGGCUGUGGUACAGCUACGAGGACUUUGAGAGGCAGACGAAGGUUGAGAAAUGCCUGAGCCUGUGCCAGCUCAAGAUUCUUCAUGUGUUCCAGCUGGGAAUCUACUUCAGGCAUGCAGGUGUCGUGGAGAUGUCUGUACGCAGUUUCCUCAAGAAGAGGAAUGACCCCGGGAGUAUCGCCGUCUAUCUGAGCCACGACCUGAGCAUGCUGCGGCUCAUAGAGACGUUUUCAGAGAGCGCCCCUCAGCUCGUCCUCAUGCUCACCAUCAUUAUGCGGCGCGGCGAGCUCGAUCCUGUGACAGUGUUGAAGGCCCUUGGGUCAGCCUCAGCCAUCGCCUUCAGUGUGACCAUGUACCACCGCUCCCUGCGCUCCUUCCUGCCCGACAAGAUGAAGCAGGAGAUGAUUUCAUCAGUGGUCUACUUUCUCUGGAACCUGUUUCUCAUCUCGUCUCGCCUCACUGCACUCGCCCUCUUUGCCUCCAUGCUGCCGUGCUUCAUCUUCACCCACUUCUUUUGCUCUUGGGUGGUUUUAUUCUUCUUCGUCUGGCAAUCCAAGACGGACUUCAUGAAUAGCCCUUGCGGAGAAUGGCUUUACCGAGCCACCGUGGGCCUCAUUUGGUAUUUUGACUGGUUUAAUGUGGUCGAGGGGAGGACAAGGUACAGGACUAUGCUCUAUCAUGGGUACAUGCUCGUUGACAUUUCACUCCUCUGCAGUUUGUGGUGCUGGAAGAUGAUAACAGAACCGCCUUAUUUUGUAAUUUCACCCCUGUAUGCUGUCAUCACUGCUGUCAGUGUGGUUGUAGUUUACAUCCUUGGUCUCAUAUCAAAAAUUAUAUAUUAUCAAUGCUACCAUCCAAACCUUGCUAAAGCGGAGUUGAAAGACGCAUUUGUUGGAGAUGAGGUAGACUUUCAUAUGUGCCAACCCAGUGACGAAGAUGUUACAAAUCGCAGCGGACUCAGCCCACCAGCACCCGACAUCAAACACAAUAAAAGAAUGAGGAAGUUGGCCGAAAACUUCUACUCCUGACCUGCAUCACUUGACAUCCACCAGACACAAAAGGUUAGACUGAGUCAUGCAUACUUGACCAGCCUUAUCAAUCAAGAUCAUGGGGUUUUUUGGGACAGGAGCUUGACCUGCUUCCUGAUUAUCCAUGGAUUCAACCUCAGGUUCAAGUCAAGACUGCUGUAUUCUCCUAAGUACUGUCUGCGCUGUAUUAACUAUAUGUACCAAUGCACAUGAAGCUGUCAAUCAUUAUUACCUCUGCCAAGUUUUCGGUUCAGUUUGCCCAUUUGUUUGUUGCCUUGUUUGUCCGUCAGCAGGAUUAUGGGAAAAACUACUGGGCCGAAUUUCAUGAAACAUGGUGGAAGGGUGUAGAAUGGGCCAAACAACAACCCAUUCAAUUUUGGAGCGGAUGCGAAUAAUGUGGCGGACACACAAAAGACUUUGAUUUUAUUUAAGACUGUGGCAUUUGUUCUGCAUUCAUGUGUUGUCAUAAUAAUCGCAAAAAUGAGUUCCCAACUGAGAGAAUUGAAUUCCCUCUGCAUUAACAUUGUGAGAUAGUGCAUGCUUUGGUGGAGUUCUGCACCCUCCGCUUGCCAUUGAAGUUUAAUUAGUUUUAAUUAUAAUUAUUAUUAUUAACGCAUUUAUGUUCUGCCUGUAUGAAAACAUGCCUCGACAAGAACCAGAUUUUAUUGUAAAUGUGUUAAAAAAUAUAUUUAUACCUGAUGGCUUGUUAAUAUGUAAUUGUAAAGUGGACAUAUUAUGCUUUUCUGUAUUUUCUGUUAUAUCUACAAUGUUAUGUCGGAUUUUCAUGUUAAACGUGGCCAAAACUUCAAAUGAGGUAAAUGUAUUUUAGACAAAUCCUCGUGAGCUAAAACAUUCAGAUUUCCAACUGUUAUGAACGCUCCGGUUUCAACAGUUUUUUUCUACUCUGGGCUGAGUUUUAUGCUGCUACACCACAGACAUUAAAGAACAUGAAGCAUGGCUACACUUCAUGCUGUCAGCAUUACUAAAAUUA